CAAUAAUAUCACAAUUCAUAGUUAUAACCUUAUUUCAAUCUAGAUUAUCACAUCGUAAUUAUAAUUUAAAUGAAUCUUUAAAUAUUAUAAUUGACCAUUGUCCAAUUUAUCGAAGGCGAUUUGUUGAAGAUUAUAUUAACUUCUUUUCUUUUGAAAAUUAUUUAUUUGUUGCAUAUCAGGCAUUUUUAACGUAUUUAGGAUUUAAUUCAAUAUUUAACCAGGAUGUAUUGCAAAUUCGUGCGUAUGCCUUAAUGAAUGUCGGAGGAUACGUGUAUACAAUGAUACAAAUGUUUGAAGUAAAGAUUCCAGUUGAAUUUGCAAGGAAAGCAUGUUUAACCCAAAUUGAUUCCAAAAUAUUAGAAAACGAUUUGCCACACUUUAUCUCAUAUACAUGUUUUGCGAUGUUAACCAGCUAUUUAUCGUUCAAAAUAUAUCCGUCAUUUGGUAUAGAGUAUUAUUUUCGAAAGAAAAUUGGUCAAGAUGAAAUCCUCUUGCCAUUAUUGAAAAGGAGACAUAUACUGAAGAUAUUAUUAAAAUUUACCGCUUUCUUUUCAACAGUCCAUUCUAUACUUUUCAUUUAUACUUCAUUAAAAUUCAUCAUGAACAAAAAUUAUUUGUUAGUUUUUGUUAAUUUGGUAUAUUUGUUUGUUUCCGCUUUAUCCAUUAAAUUAACUCAUAUCGCUUGUAUUUCUAUGGAUAAUGAAACUGUACACGAAAUGUUAUAUUUCAUAUAUUUAUGGAUCAUUGUUUUAUUUUAUAACAUUUCUUUAUGCGCUAUUGGAGUCAUGUACAUAUUAGAAAAUGGAUGGUAUUUCUCUUGUUUAUAUACUUCCGUGUAUUUUAGUGUGUCAUUUGCCUCUUUUAUGUGUGCCUGGCAUGUUAAAAAUGAUUUCGGGAAAGGUUUAAAAGAAGCAAUCGCAAGCAAUAAAAUGAAAUGUGAACAAAUCUUAGAUAUCCAAUCAAUUGUUAUUGAUGAUGAUGAAGGACAACAAUCAUCAUGA